UGCACACACAAUAUUUCUUCAUUUCUACAUUGUCGUUUAAAUUAAAUUAUUAAAUGAUUCUUCCACAAAUUGAUGUUGAAUGUGUCAAGGUAACAAUAAUGACAAAGCAAUUUCUGCUACUUUCGGCUCGGGUGUUUUCAAGUCUUUUCAAAGUGACCUAUUCACCAAAUUACAACGUCGAAUAGAACUGCCGAAAUUAGGACUGAAAGGCCCGAGCGCUCUGAGAGCGAUUACAUCAUGGGUGAAUGUUCAUCGUUUCAUAUCCCCGACAUUAUCGACUUACACAACCGUUUACGACUCUUAACCCACGCCGAAAAGUUUCGUGAGUGUGAGAUAAAGAAAAAGGAGCAGAUAAUUUAUUCGAAUAAUCGGUCGGUGUGAAAGAAGACGAAAUGAUCCGGAGAUCACGCGACUGGUGUGGCAGGAUUGCGAUAAGUAGAAAGCACCUUCUUCGUCCGAGGAAAUCGGCGCGAAUCCGCAAGUUCUUAAGACCGGAUUGGUCGACGAUUCGUGUGGGAUCCCGUGGCAGCCCUUAUAGAUCGACGAAGCGGAUCCACGAUCCAAUCGUACCUGCGUCGAUCUGCGUUAAAACUCGCAGGAGCCAGCCACAAGCACGCGAUCUGCUUCGCGGAGUGUCGGAAGGAUGUUUUGGUGCUACGGUUUUUUGAGCUUUCUUUUUCUUCUAAGCGACACGUAUGGCGGCGUUUCGAACAGCAGAAUACAACGUCAAGCUACAUCCGCAUCAAGUGGUCAGCUGAUAGAUGGCAUUUUUAACAUUCCGAUCACAGCAAUCAAACAAACCGCCUCCGCCGCUCAAGUUAUUUCGCCAGAAAAUAUGCAGGCAAUAGACAAUAUUUUUAAGAUCCCCGUCUCAACUCUAGAAGCUGUUGGCACACUCGUGAAAACUGCAAGGGAGCAGCGGCAACAAAAUUUGGAAAAUAAUCAAGCGAAGAGAGAAUGGAUCUUGGCUAUAAAGGAGCAGAAAAGAAAGCGAAAAGAUGAAAUUCAAAACCAGCGAUUGCUGCAGCAGCAAUUGAAGAGACCUGUCAGACAUCAUUACAAUGACCCGCUUGGAUUAAAUGCAUUGAGCGAUCUUCUCGUUGGUGGACACGCUGGUGGACUUCUCGGACAUCAUUCUGGAUUGGGUGGCAUCCAUGGACUUCACGGUCAUAAGAGAGGCCAUAAGAUUGGUCAUGGUCUUCACGGUCAUGGAAUUCAUGGAGGAUUUUUGGGAAAUCGCCCGCAACAUAACUACGAGGUCCAUGAGGACGUUAACGAAGACUCAUCUUUCUCCUGGCACGGUCUGACCGCUGGAUUCGGCAGUUUCAAUGGAAUACGACGGCCUUCUAGCGCCUCUGUCAAAGUCGAGAAUAAAAUCGCUCCUAAGGAGAAGAGGCAGAAAGUUUCCAAGUAUCCGAGCGAUGACGUGAAUCCGCAGAAUAAAAUCGCGAAUAUUAGAAAUAAGCCGAUGCGCGAAUACGAUGAUCCUCCGUUAGAAAAUAAAAUCGCUCCGAGAAAUGGGAGAGUGGCAUUUGUGCAGUAAUGAUGUAAAUAUGCAAUAAUGAAAUAAUAUUAGAUGUUUAUUCUUGAUUAUAAAUACUCGCCAAUUUUGCGUCACUCUGCAUAUUUUUUUGUAGUACUCAUCCUUACUAUAAAAAUCUCUAAAACAAUGUACUUAAUUAAAGUUAUUAAAUUAACAUAGCGAAUAUUUUAUACAUAUAGUUAAAAUAAUAAUAUAUCAUUAUCAAAGUA